UGUUCUACUGGUGACCUUAUGGGAGCACUGGGUUUAUUUGUUCAAGGUCUUCUAGCGUUUUUAGCUUUUACCUCAUUGAUUGUAAAAAGAUACUGUGAACCAAAACAUUCAAGGAGACCCUGGAAGAUAUGGUUUUAUGAUACAUCGAAACAAGCGCUGGGUGCUGCUGUUAUACAUUUUGCUAAUGUUUUUUUAGCUGACAAAUUUCAGGGAGAUCACAAUGAUCCUUGUACAUGGUAUUUUAUAAGUUUUCUGUUAGAUUCUACAGUUGGGUUAUUAGUUAUCUAUAUUGGGUUAAAAGUCACACAGAUUAUAGCCAGAAGAAAGCAAUGGAAAUCAUUAUAUUUUGGAGUUUAUGGGGAUCCUCCCAACUGUACAUCAUGGAUUGGGCAGUGUUUAUUAUAUAUUAUUGUAGUAUUAAUAGAGAAAGUUUUAAUGGCAUUAUUAGUUCAGUUUAGAUUCUGGACAGAUGUAAGAAAGUUUAUCAUGUCACCUAUAAAAGAACCUCAAUUUGAAUUGGUUAUAGUCAUGUUUUUAGUACCAUUAGUUAUCAACGCUUUCAUUUUCUGGGUGGUGGAUAAUUUUCUGAAACGAAGUAUUCAAAGUGCAAAAACUAUUUAUGUGAACAGUGAAGAAAGUUCAGUGAAAUUUUUCAAGUCUUCUGAACGUGUAAAAUGUUAUAAUAGAAUAGAAAAGACGGAAGAGUCUGAUGUGUUUAUGUCUGCUGAUGAGGAUGUAGAUCUGAGACAGAGAACUGGAGAUAUGGAAGAAAGAUUAAUACAGCCUUAAUAUGUUAUUGAUACUAUGGGAUAGAAUCUUAUUAUUCACUUUAUCAGAUUAAAGAUAUAGGUCUACAUAACAUAACUUGAUAAAAAAAACACCUCAGACUUGUUUGUACAUGCAGAUUAUAUGAAAUAUCUAGUUGAGUAAGAUAUUUACGCACAUCUAAAGAUAAUUCAAAGCCUAAAGUUUUAUAUUCCUUAAAGUGAAUAAUUAGUUGACUCAUUCUUUGUUAUCUACUGUUACUAAAUCUACAUGUACUAAUCACGUUUACCAGCAAUAUUCAUAAUCUUGUCACACAUCAUGGUUUUGAAAUUUGAACAAUAAUUAAUGCUGAAAAAAAAGGUCUUCGUUCUACAGUUGUUUGAUAUAUUGAUUUGAUGAGCUUUAAGAAUAUUUUUAUUGUAAGUUUUUGAUUAGGUUAUCUUGUUAUUUUGGUAAGGGUAUGUAGUAAUCAUGACAAUUGAAUUUUAAUUUCUAAAUCUUGGCCAAGUUUUGUCAUUUGAAAUCUGACUGAAAUGCUGAUGUAGAUGUUUCCUUUCAUAUUUUUCACAGUCUUACUGCAAUAGCCAAUCAAAAUCUGUCAAAGUUUUUCUUU